AGGGAGGAUUUUCGUAAGGAAUUCCAAGAGCAAAAUCCAGAUGUCAAGUCAAUGCGUGAGAUUGGCAAGGCUUGUGGAGAGAAGUGGAAGACCAUGACUUAUGAGGUGAAGGUGCAGUACUAUGACGUUGCGACAGAACAACGAGCAGAGUUUGAGAAAGCUUUGGCAGACUAUGCUAAGAGAAAGGAAAAUGGGGAACAUGACGAGUUUGAUGAGGAUUCAGACUCAGAUUAUGAUCGAUAAAUGAAUAUGUUGCUUUUGACCUCAUAGAGAUUCUAUUUAGCUGUCACAAGUAUCUUGUACAGUGAGAUAUUCAAACGUGUCUUCUAGAACUAAGUGCAUGUAAAUCAUUCUCUGUGUAUAUUGAAGAAAAAUAGAACCUGAACACAAAUGCGAGUUUUUGUUGAUAAAGGUUUAUGUUGCUAUCA